AUGGAUCUCCCAGUCUGCGCGCAGCACCCCCGGUUUGGUUCCGAGGCUCCGCCCACCGCGCUGAUGACGCGCAGACGACUUCGCGCAUGCUCAUUACGGGCAGGGCGGUGUUGUUUUCCGUUCUCUGUUGAAGUGGGUCGGCGGUGGGAUCGGGAUCCGGGAAAGGAUUAUUCUCUGCGGGGCAACACCGACAAUUUCCAUUCGGGUUGCUACAUUGAUCCCACUCCCGCCUCCUCCCGCUGUCAGACCCGUCCUGAGCCGCAUGUCCGGGGGCUUCUGCUGCUGUUGCCCAUCCGCUUCAAUACUGACCACUGCGCUACCGUCCGCUUCAAUGCCGACCACUACGUUACCGUCCGCUUCAAUACUGACCACUACACUACCGUCCGCUUCAAUACUGACCACUGCACUACCGUCCACUUCAAUGAUGACCACUACGCUACCCUCCGCUUCAAUACUGACCACUCCACUACCGUCCGCUUCAAUACUGACCACUCCACUACCGUCCGCUUCAAUACUGACCACUGCGCUACCGUCCGCUUCAAUACUGCACUACCGUCUGCUUCAAUACUGACCACUACGUUACCGUCCGCUUCAAUUCUGAACACGUCCGCUUCAAUACUGACCACUCCACUACCGUCCGCUUCAAUACUGACCACUACACUCCUCUUCAAUACUGAACACGUCCGCUUCAAUACUGACCACUGCGCUACCGUCCGCUUCAAUACUGCACUACCGUCCGCUUCAAUACUGACCACUACGUUACCGUCCGCUUCAAUUCUGAACACGUCCGCUUCAAUACUGACCACUACACUACCGUCCGCUUCAGUGCCGACCACUACACUACCGUCCACUUCAAUACCGACCACUACGCUACCCUCCGCUUCAAUACUGACCACUCCGCUACCGUCCGCUUCAAUACGGACCACUACACUCCUCUUCAAUACUGAACACGUCCGCUUCAAUACUGCACUACCGUCUGCUUCAAUACUGACCACUACGUUACCGUCCGCUUCAAUUCUGAACACGUCCGCUUCAAUACUGACCACUACACUACCGUCCGCUUCAGUGCCGACCACUACACUACCGUCCACUUCAAUACCGACCACUACACUACCGUCCGCUUCAAUACCGAUCACUACACUACCGUCCGCUUCAAUACCGACCACUACGCCACCGUCCGCUUCAAUACCGACCACUACGCCACCGUCCGCUUCAAUACCGACCACUACGCCACCGUCCGCUUCAAUACCGACCACUACGCCACCGUCCGCUUCAAUACCGACCACUACGCCACCGUCCGCUUCAAUACCGACCACUACGCCACCGUCCGCUUCAAUGCCGACCACUACGCCACCGUCCGCUUCAAUGCCGACCACUACGCCACCGUCCGCUUCAAUGCCGACCACUACGCCACCGUCCGCUUCAAUGCCGACCACUACGCUACCGUCCAGUUCAAUACCGACCACUACGCUACCGUCCACUUCAAUACUGACCACUACACUACCGUCCACUUCAAUACUGACCACUACGCUACCGUCCAGUUCAAUACCGUCCGCUACGCUACCGUCCGCUUCAAUACCGACCACUACGCUACCGUCCGCUUCAAUACCGAGCACUACGCUACCGUCCGCUUCAAUGCCGACCACUGCUCUACCGUCCGCUUCAAUACCGACCACUACACUACCGUCCGCUUCAAUACCGACCAGUGCGCUACCGUCCGCUUCAAUACCGACCAGUGCGCUACCGUCCGCUUCAAUACCGACCACUCCGCUACCGUCCGCUUCAAUACCGACCACUACGUUACCGUCCGCUUCAAUACCGACCACUACACUACCGUCCGCUUCAAUACUGCACUACCAUCCGCUUCAAUACUGACCACUGCGCUACCGUCCGCUUCAAUACUG